UUUAUGGGGUUUGUUUUACAUUCACUAAAAUAUAUAAAUAUGACAUAAAAUGUGUUGAAUAUUAAACUUAGAGGAUAAAACAAGACAAGUAACUAGGAUACGGUGUGUGAAGAUUUAAAUAUAAAUUCAGCAAACAGCCAUGGCAAGGCAAGUGGUGUUUUGUUUUCUCCUUAUUACCUCCAUUUCUUCAAUUUCUGCAGUACAAACUCACACUGUCGAAACCAGUAUUGGUACUAUAAACGGAAUGGUCGACGAUGUAUACGACGGAUCAUCUGGAACAACGGUUAAGCUUCGUAAAUAUUUCGGCAUUCCGUUUGCAGAACCACCAGUUGGAAAACGUAGAUUCAAGAAGCCAGACCCGAAGACACCGCUGACCGAGCCCCUAAAUGCUUUUAACCAUAGCAAAGCUUGUUCUCAAGUAACUGUUUACAAGCUGGGUGAUGUACCGACAGACGAGGACUGUUUGUAUUUGAACAUCUACGCUCCAGAAACCAUUCAGGACGAAAAACUUGCAGUAAUGGUAUGGAUUUAUGGGGGAAGUUUGAUGCACGGAUUUUCCGAUAUGUACGUUGCUGACAAUUUAGCUGUUUAUGGCAAUGUCAUUGUAGUCACUUUCAACUAUAGGAUGUCUGUUUGGGGAUUUCUAUCGACCGGUGACGAAAACGCACCGGGAAAUUAUGGUCUUUGGGAUCAACAUAUGGCGAUUAAAUGGGUACAUGACAAUAUAGCUAAGUUUGGCGGAGAUACAAAUAGAGUUACAGUGUUUGGAGAGUCGGCUGGUUCGACAAGUGUAAUAUUUCAGAGUCUUUACCCAGGUAACAAAGCACUGUUCCAACGUGCCAUAGCUCAAAGUGGAAGUAUCGGAGCUUUUUGGAGCAUCAAUGAAAACAUAACUCAGAAUGCGAGACACCUGGGUACACUUGCCGAAUGUGAAACAUCAGAUAACAAAGCGUUAGUUGAUUGUUUGAGAGAUGUUCCUAAUCACAAACUAGAGGAAUUUGUGUCAGACUUCUCGUAUGGACUCUUAACCUUUCCUUCUCCUUUCACUCCUGUAACCGAUAGACUUUUUAUAAACUACGAUCAGAAACAUGCACUCGAUCUGGGAAACGAGUUACCUGUUGCCACAAAAGAAAUGUUUUCGUCCAUAGAUUUGAUGACUGGGGUAAAUUCAAGGGAAGGAAGUUUGUUUGUGAUUCCUUUGUUUGGAGUUAUUGACCCUGAAAAUUUUCUUCCAAAUAGGACAUUCUUCGAGGAAUAUUUAAUCAGCAUAUUUCUAGAAACUGUUUACGGUGGACUUGAACCGCAAUCUGCACGAGCAUUUAUAAUUGCUGAAUACACAAACUGGAAAGACCCAGAUAAUAAACACAACACUAGGGAAGAGUUUGUGUCACUUUGGGGAGAUAGCGUCUUUGGUGGAGGACUAUACCGAACGCUUAAUAAACACGAAACAUUAGCGUCUAACCGGAAUAAAACAUAUAUGUAUUUCUUUGACGUGGAACCAGAUUUUACAGGUGGCUACGUUCCAAUGACGUGGUUUAAGAAACUGGGUCACGGUGAGGAUAUACCAUUCUUGUUUGGGUUUCUCAAUUCUGACGUCAUAAAGGAUGAGUUAAAAGUUACUCCCUCGGUCUGGGAACAGGAGAUGUCUCGAGAUAUAAUCCGGCUGUGGUCAAAUUUUGCGAAAACUGGAAACCCUAAUUCACCAUCUGACUUGGGACUUAACUGGACACCGUAUACAAAGACGAAUAAAAGUUAUCUACAGAUGUCACGGAACAUGACGUCAGCAAACGUCAAACGACGUUGGAAUCAGCGAAGAAUGACGUUUUGGACGUCACUUGUACCGGAACUUAUAGACAGACUCUGCCUUACAUCCGUUUCAAGUUCUUGCCAUUCUGCGAGUUUUGUUAUUAUUAUAAACCUUAUAUUUUAUCUUCAUUUUCACUCAAUAUGAUACGUUGUCAAAAUUACUGUUAAAUAAAUAUUUUUAUAUCACA